GGAGUUAAUUUUGGUUGCAGAAUAGUUGCUUUAUUUUCAAGUCAGUCAUUAUGGGCUACUGAUUUCUUGAAAUAAAAGUUCUUACAGACAAUAACACUUCUUAAUAGACAAAAAAGAAAAAAACAUACUUGCUUGUGACAUGUGAAAACCAGCUUCCCAGAUCAAAUGGUUCCUAUUAUCUGGAUUAGUUUUCCACGGAGACUGGAAAGUUCCUCGAAAAUGGAAACAGUAAAUCAAUUAUUUCUGAAGGCUGUUUUUGAUUUUUCUAUCAUAAGCCUCUGACCUGUGGCUGCUAUCAGUAUAGGCUUUAGUAUAGACUCACUGUGGUAUUAUAAUUUUCUGUCCCACUCAAAGAGUUGGGGCACGAUUGGUCGUUGUGAAGGAUUCUGUGCUAUUAAAUCUCACAGGGUAGUAGGAUGGGGGCACACAGCUUGCUUUGACUAGUGGGAUAAAUUAUUGUCAUGAGCUCUAUCUGGUGAACAAACUCUGGAAACCCCCUGGUGGCUGCCUCCGAGUGAAAACAAAAGUGAAAAUAAAGGCAGCACAAUUCAAGACUGCAGAAGCAAAUGGGAAAUAGUGAUAUACAGCCGUCUCCAUAUGUUUGCUUUAAAAAAAAAUCUAAAGCUGAUUUUGCAGAAAAGAUGUCGUGAUGAGACAGGAACAUGCCAUGGAUCAUGUCUGCUAACCGUCAGGGCCCACUGUGAGAUAUAGAUUUUUAGGAAAGCUGACAAUGAAGCAAGUAACAAGGAUGCGAAUUCAUUAAUGGAAAACUACAUUACUGCCAGUGCAUGAUGCAUUCUAAGCAAACAAUAUUUUCAAGACCUGGAAGUUUUAGCCAGAAGAAGCUACAGUUUUUUCUUUUGUUCUAGAGAGGAUCUUUCGAUGCAUGCCUUUGCAAUGGCUAGUCUCUGUAGAAUAUGUCCAUUGGUAGUAGUGCUGCAGCUAUUACACAUUUAUUCUCUGGGAAUUUAUGGACUUAAACAUCAAACAGGUAAAGACAAUGUAACUUCCCCUACCAAUGGCAAGCCAUUUCCUUGGAAUAAGAUGAGGCUUCCUGAUAUGGUAGUACCAAUCCAAUAUGACCUCUGUAUUCACCCUAAUCUUACUACUGUACAUUUUACUGGCCUGGAGAGGAUACAGAUCUUUGUGAGAGAGAAUACUAGAUUUAUCAUCUUGCACAGCAAAGGCCUUGAAAUCACCAGUGCAGUUCUUCUGCCCAAAGAUGACUUGGGGUCCAGAAAACCAGGAAAACAGCUUCAAGUUUUAGAACAUCCCACAUAUGAGCAAAUUGCCCUGCAGGCUCCUGAAGUAUUAACAGCUGGCCAGCGAUACCUGGUUGUCAUAGAGUUUCAUGCAAGACUGGCGGAUGGCUUUGAUGGAUUUUACAAAAGUACUUACAAAACUCGUGAUGGGGAAACAAGGAUAAUAGCUACUACAGAUUUUGAGCCUACCUCAGCACGAAUGGCUUUUCCAUGCUUCGAUGAACCAUCUUUCAAAGCCAACUUUGCAAUCACGAUAAGGAGAGAAAGAAAACACAUUGCAUUAUCCAACAUGCCAAAGAUUAAAACAAUUGAACUCGAAGGAGGCCUGUUGGAAGAUCAUUUUGAUGUGACUGUAAAAAUGAGCACUUACCUUGUAGCCUACAUAGUUUGUGAUUUUAAGUCUGUGCAGGCCACAACAUCAUCAGGUAUCAAGGUAUCCAUCUACGCAUCACCUGACAAAUGGAGCCAGACACAUUAUGCCUUAGAAGCAUCAGUGAAACUACUGGAAUUUUAUGAGAAGUACUUUGAUAUUAGCUUUCCUUUACCAAAACUGGAUCUUGUUGCUAUCCCUGAUUUCCAGUCAGGAGCCAUGGAAAACUGGGGUCUCAUCACAUAUAGAGAGACUUCACUGCUCUAUGAUCCCAAGACCUCCUCAGCAUUCGACAAACUGUGGGUCACAAAGGUGAUAGGCCAUGAGUUAGCACAUCAGUGGUUUGGUAAUCUGGUUACUAUGGAAUGGUGGAAUGACAUUUGGCUAAAUGAAGGUUUUGCCAGAUUCAUGGAGUUGGUUUCUGUUAGUGCUACGUACUCAGAGCUGCAGAUUGAGGAUUACUUUCUGAAUGUAUGUUUUGGUGCAAUUGCAAGGGAUUCAUUAAAUUCAUCUCAUCCAAUCUCCAACCCAGCAGAAACUCCUAUUCAAAUAAAGGAAAUGUUUGAUACUGUGUCCUAUGACAAGGGAGCUUGUAUUUUGAAGAUGCUCCAAGAUUUCCUAUCUGAGGUGGUGUUCCAGAAAGGAAUAAUUCACUACUUGAAGAAGUACAGCUAUAGGAAUGCAAAGAAUGGUGACUUGUGGAACAGCAUGGCCAAUACCUGCUCUGAAAGUGACUUCUCUUCUGGCAACUUUUGCUAUACAGCUUCCAGGCCCCUUAGCAGCACAUUCAGUCAUAUGGGGAAACUUACAGAGAUUGAAGAGAUGAUGAACACUUGGACGCUUCAGAAAGGGAUCCCACUGGUUCUUGUUAAAUGCGAAGGGAACACCUUAAGAUUGCGACAGGAGCGCUUCCUUAAGGGUGUUUUUGAAGAAGACCCUGAAUGGGCUAACCUGCAGUCAAGGUAUUUUUGGCAUAUCCCACUCACAUACGUCACCAGCAGCUCCAACACUGUUCACAGACACAUAUUCAAAACUAAAACAGACACACUAGAACUGGAGGGAGAGGUCGCCUGGGUGAAAUUCAAUGUGGACAUGAAUGGCUAUUAUAUUGUGCACUAUGAAGGGAAUGGCUGGGACAACAUCAUUAAACUGUUGGAUCAGAACCACACUCUUUUCAGCCACAAGGACCGGGUGAACUUGAUCCACAAUGGAUUUCAACUGGUCAGUGCAGGAAGGUUAUCGCUGCACACAGCCCUUGAUUUGAUGCGAUAUCUCCGACAUGAAUCCAGUAAAGUAGUACUUCUGCAAGGCCUGGGCUACUUGGAAAUGUUCUACCACAUGAUGGAGAGAAGAAAUAUUUCUGAUGUCACAGAAAACCUUAAGCGGUACAUCCUGCAGCAUUUUAAGCCAGUGAUUGACAAGCAGACAUGGAGUGAUGAGGGCUCAGUCUCUGACAGAAUGCUUCGUUCUGCUCUCCUCAAGCUUGCGUGUGAGCUACAAUAUCCUCCCUGUAUCCAGAAGGCAAAUGAGCUUUUCAGCAAGUGGAUGGGAUCUGGUGGGACGUUAAACCUUCCAGCAGAUGUUCUGAAGACGGUCUACUCAGUUGGAGCACAGACAAUAGCAGGGUGGAAUUAUCUACUGAAGCAGUAUAGUCUCUCAGUGUCAGGUGCAGAAAAGAACAAAAUCCUCUAUGCUUUAACAACCAGCAGGCACUGUGAAAAACUGACAAAGUUAAUUGAGCUGGGCAUGGAAGGUGAGGUUAUCAAGACUCAGGAUCUAGCAGCUCUUCUUCAUGCUAUUGCCAGAAAUCCAGAGGGACAGGGGCUUGCUUGGAAUUUUGUCAGAAAAAACUGGAACAGACUUCUUAAAAAGUUUGAAUUAGCCUCUUUUUCUAUAAGAACUAUUAUUGUUGGCUCUACAUCUCACUUUUCCUCCAAAGACAAGCUAGAAGAGGUGAAACAUUUCUUUAAGUCUCUGGAGGACCAAGGAUCACAGCUAAAAAUCACUGAAGUUGUGCUGGAAACCAUAACAAAAAAUAUUAGAUGGCUGAAAAGAAAUCUCAACAGUCUAAGGAACUGGCUGCUAAAUAAUCUUUAAACCACACUCCAAAGUAGAGAGGAUUUCAGUUUGAUUAACUGUUCCCUUUUACUCCCCACUGUGGUGAUGCACGUUUGAAUGUAGGAGUCGGAAUGUAUAUUUGGGGAGUUUUCCAUCCAUCGCACAAUAUAGCUAUGUUGACAACCUCAAAUAUGUCCGGAAAGCUUUUCUCUGAUCCAGAACUGGCUAAGUAAAGAGGAUCUAUUGUGAAGCCUGUGAACUGUUUCAAUAAUUUGUCACAAUGUAAUACUGUAAAUACCUGUCUGAUUAUAGGUACAUGGGUACAAAGGUAGAGUACAUAAUUUUUCCAUGCCUUUUUGUCUUGCUGUUUAUUGGAAUUAUUAUUUUGUUUUUUUAUGGUUUCUGGCCACAGGAGACAUGAAUAACCCACUUACUAAUAGUUUCUCUCUUGUUAGGUUUAGAAUCAGAAAGGGUGAGGAAUUUAGAACAAACAAGACACUUUCUCCAGACAGAGAGGCAGCAUAGUCUAGUGGUUAAUAUGCUUGACCAGGAAUUCAGAGACUGGAGUUCUAUUAGUGAGUCUACUAAUGACCUGCUGCAAGACUUUGGACUAGUUGCAUCAUGUCCCUGCCCCAAUCUCAUGUCUCUCUUGUCUAUUUAGAUUGUGAACUCUUCCAGGCAGGACUGUCUUCCCUAUAUGUCUGUGCAGUGCCUAGCACAAUGGGACCCUCAUCUCAGUUGGGGCCUGUAGGUCUACUGCUAUAAUUCAUAUUAAUAGAUUAUCUCCUGGGGAAAACAGUGUAGUUCUUCUUCUACAUGUGUUAUCAAUUCAGCUCAUCCCUAGGAUGAGGGGGCAAUUUUCUCCCUAGCUUCUUUGCUUGUAUUUUCUUUUUCUGUACAUCCUGAAUAGCCAAGAUGAACUGUGCUAAAGGUGUGGUUUUUUUCUCCUUCCAUUUUUCUUAUAUCCUGUUAGCAAACAAUAUAAAAGCACCAAAAGCAAACCUUGGAGUUCAAGAAUAAGUAGUGUAGUACUUUAGAGAGUUUCUGACUAAUACAUUGCUUUAAAAGUAUUUUACUAACAAAAGAUCCUUUUCCUAAGAGGCUGGAGUUUAAGGUGAAGUGUACUUGUGGCAAUUUAUUUAUAAGAUUGCAACAAAUGAAUGCAUUGUUUAAAAGAUUUUAAUUGUGAAUGAACUCAAUUUCACUGUUGUAAAAGCAUAAUCUGUUGCCUCUGUUGUUAGAUAUCUUUGUCAUACACAAAGAAAUACCAUAGCCGUACAGCCAGAUUUUCAGAAGUGGCCACUAAUAUUAUGUACCUCAAUUUGUGUGCCCAACUUGAGACAUUAUGUACCUGAUUUUCACAAGGUGCCUAAGGCUCCAGAGCUCACCAUGAAGUCAGCUUUGGGGGCAGGGAAUGCCUGAAUGUAUAUAUAAUACCCACAAUAAUGGGGCCCUGAUCCCAAUUGGGGUCUCUUGGCUGUUUUACGGUUAAUAAGCAUUGUUAAUCCCCCACAGCAGCAUUUGAGCCUUGGGCUGUUACUUCUUUUCCUAAAACAGCUUGUGUUUGCCACAUUCUAUACACACUAAUAGUAAUACUUGUCCUUCCAUUUGAGAAUCUGAAAGAGUUGCAAAUUCUAAUGAAUUAAACUUCACAACACCCCUGGGAUGUGGGGCAGGAAAGCAUGGAACAACAUCAACUAGCUUCUUCCACCCAGUGAAAUGCACUCUGUUUGUGGGAAGCUGUCCCCAGUCAGUCUCAUUUUGGUCAUUGUCAGUUUGUCUAGUGAAAUAGUAUAUUAUAGUAAUAGUUACUGACAGUGGCCCAUCACCACUGAAUUAAUGUUUGUCUAUUGCUUUAUUCAUUUCACACCACACAGCCUUUCCAUGUUAUAUCAUCCUACAGGUCCAAUUUGUAGAAUGACAUAAGUUGGAGAAGAUAUGAGGAUCUCAGGUUCAAAACAAGACAGAGUUCCCUGACAGCAUUACAUUUGCCUAGUCUUAGUCUUGUUGCAUCAUCUCCUUCAUGUCUGAGACUAGGCAGGAUAUAUAGGCUUGAUAUGGGAAUGACAUACGUUUUAUGUCAUGUUUCAUCAGUCGUCUAAUUUACAUCAUUACUGGCCUUUCUAGACAUAGUAAAUGGAGCCUGCACAUAUUCUGGAAUGGGUUACUUAGGGAGGUGGUGGAAUCUCCAUCCUUAGAGGUUUUUAAGGUCAGGCUUGACAAAGCCCUGGAUGGGAUCAUUUAGUUGGGAUGGUCCUGCUUUGAGCAGGGGAUUGGACUAGAUGACCUCUUGAGGUCCCUUCCAACCCUGAUAUUCUAUGAUUCUGUAGUUUAAAUUUACUAUCCUAAAUGUGACAUCCACAAAAAGAUGAAUUGGCUUUCAGAAGGUGCUAGGCAUGUCUUUUACACACAGAAUCACCAAUCAGCCAAUGAGAGUUUGUUCUGAUGAUACUGUAUUUCUGCCCUGUGUUUCACUGAUUGACUGUUGACACCCUGUUUCCUGCAAAGGAGAGUGAUGAGGGAGGAGACCUGGAAUAAAGCCAAAUUCCAAUGCUUUCA